GAGGAGGGCGGAGAGAGGAGGGGGGAGAGAGAGAGGAGAAGGGAGGCGGCGAGGGAAGAGCGAGCGCGGGGCUGCUCCGGAGCCAGCAGAACCUCCCCGGACAGCCGCCCCAGCCGGGCCCCAGCAGCUCGCGUGGUCGGAGGAGAAGCAGCUGCCACUGCGGCCGCCAGAGCCGGGCCUCGCGCGCCCCUUGCCGCCGGCUCGCGGGUGCCCGUGCGGCCCCGGGACUCCGCUGCCCGCUCAGCGGCCGGGAUGCAGCCGGGGCAUGGCCGCCGGCCCCCCGUCACCUGCCGCGGGGAGCGCUGAGCCCGUUGAAAUUCUGUCUGUGAGAACCUAACCUCCUUCUGUGAUACCUGCUCUUCCCUGGCAACACUCCUUGCCAAGGACCGUCCAGAAACAGCCCCUCUGGGGCCUCCCUGUACAGCAAAGUGACCUCACCUCCCAUUACCAGUGUGAAGUCACAACAGCCCGAGGAAAUUCUGCCACCAUUUCCCCAGAGCUGGUGUGCAGCCCCUCCCGCUGGGAACCUGUUCCUGGAGCCAUCCCUCUGCACACAGAGAGCCCAGAGUGCCUCGGGGAAAAUUGGCUGUAUAAAAGAGCGAUCAGGACGCCACGGCUCCGCCUGAAGCGAUGGCCCAGCCCUACCCCCCUGCCCAGUACCCCCCUCCGCCACAGAACGGCAUCCCUGCCGAGUACGCUCCUCCCCCACCGCACCCCACGCAGGACUACUCCGGCCAGACCCCGGUCCCCCCAGAGCAUGGCAUGACCCUGUACACACCAGCACAGACCCACCCUGAGCAGCCAGGCUCCGAGGCCAGCACACAGCCCAUCGCCGGGACCCAGACAGUGCCGCAGACAGACGAGGCAGCACAGACGGACAGCCAGCCGCUCCAGCCCUCCGACCCUGCAGAGAAGCGGCAGCCCAAGCGGCUCCACGUCUCCAACAUCCCCUUCCGGUUCAGGGACCCCGACUUGCGGCAAAUGUUCGGGCAAUUCGGAAGAAUCUUAGACGUGGAGAUCAUCUUUAACGAGCGGGGCUCCAAGGGUUUUGGGUUUGUAACUUUUGAAACUAGCUCAGAUGCUGACCGAGCCCGGGAGAAGCUGAAUGGGACGAUCGUAGAGGGACGGAAAAUUGAGGUCAAUAAUGCCACGGCCCGAGUUAUGACCAAUAAGAAGACGGGGAACCCCUACACCAACGGCUGGAAGCUAAAUCCAGUGGUCGGCGCAGUCUAUGGGCCUGAAUUCUAUGCAGUGACGGGUUUCCCCUACCCCACCACCGGCACAGCCGUUGCCUACCGGGGCGCACAUCUUCGGGGCCGGGGCCGGGCUGUGUAUAAUACGUUUCGGGCUGCGCCGCCCCCGCCCCCCAUCCCGACUUACGGAGCGGCACUGGAGCAAACGCUUGUUAAAAUGCCAGUCCCAUGGGCGGGGCUGGCACCGUGCCCCCUCCCUCCUCAGCAGACACCGGAGCCGGCCUACCCCACCUCUCCAGCGUUCCCACCACUUUCUUGUCCGUUUGCUUCCAGGGUCGUGUAUCAGGAUGGAUUUUAUGGUGCUGAGAUUUAUGGAGGCUAUGCAGCCUACAGAUAUGCUCAGCCCGCUGCAGCGGCAGCAGCCUACAGCGACAGUUACGGCAGAGUCUACGCAGCUGCUGACCCGUACCAUCACACCAUCGGGCCCGCGGCGACCUACAGCAUUGGAACCAUGUGAAACCUUCCACCGUUUCCUUCUCGGACCAUGAAGGGCAAAAACAAACAAACAAACAAAAAACAAAAAAAAAAAUCACAAAACAAACAAAAAAAAAAAAAACAAAAAAAGAUGUUAAGAUCCAAGCAACAAAAAAAAACCAACCAAACCAAGAGGCAUCCAACCGAGUCCACGUCCCACGUCCCGGCCACACGCCCGCAGCGAGGGAGCACGCCAGCAGGGGUGCUGAGGAGCCCCGGGACAGGACGGCCCGCCUCGUCGCUCGUCCCCGCCCUGGCUGGCAGCGCAGUGGGGACGCCCCCCUCCAUCUCAGGCAGUGGGGAAGUUGGAGGGGAAGGGGCCUCCCUUGCAGGGCCUGUGGGGGGCUCUGUUUGCCAUCCAGUCUUCCUUUCCCAGGCCCCUACUCCCAAGGCAGCAUGGGGCUCAGCAGCGCGGAGCAGGCGCCGGCCUGAGCAGGGAGGCGCUGGAACGAGACUUACCUUUGUGGCCAGUGGGGCCGGGGCGGGGCCGGCGGGGCUGGGGGUGCGGGCGGCUUUCAUCCCUGGGGCUCACUGGGCCCCGUCACCCUUGUGUCGCGUCCUCUGUGUCCCACCUCCCUCGUGCUCGGCAGUCCCGCCCAUGCCCCCAGUCUGGCGAGGAAGUCGUCCAACAGCCCAGGGCCGACUCCAACAGAAAGGGCUGACCUGGCUCCAGGACUCAGGGGCACCCCAGGGAAGAACGAAAGCACCCCGGCCAGCCAGGAGCCACUCCUCACACCGCCGAGCGUGGCCAGGCCGGCCCUGAGGCCAAGGACAUGUCACUCGCUUUCUGGAGGAGGCCCGGGGUCUGUGCACACCAAGGCCGACCUCGUGCGGCCUGCUGGGACCUGGCCCUCCCUGCCGUGGCCCUUCGAGCCCAGUCCCACCAGGGGCACCCAGGGAUGGGCCAGCGCCCGGCUGCACCGCAAGGUCAAGGUUAGGAGUCACGGUGGCCGUGAGCCUGGACGGACACAGCCAGAGCAGAGGCCCACGGGAAGGGCAGAGGGUGGGGGAGCCUGAGCCCACCCCUCCCUGCUCCCAGGGCAGGUGUCCAGGUGGCAGGAGCAGCACCAAGGACAGCCAAGCUCUCGGGCAGGCAGAGCAGGAGCAGAGCAGGUGGCAGGGAGGAGCCCCUCGAGGUAGGGAGCACUGAAAAAGGCGAACAGCAAAAAAUCCAGGCUCCCGACGCGGCUCCUCUGUCUCGUGAAACGUCAAAAAUUUAAAAAUACACCUCACUUUCUAUUCAGCAUCAGCUACUGAAGCUCUCGAAAUGGAAUUCUCCUUUUCUAUUCCCGUUGUACAUAGCCCCCACCCUGCCUCCGGCUUUGUCCUCUGUACAGAGCCCCCAUCCCUCUGCUGUUCCAGACCCUUCUGCAGCAGCUCACUCCCCGGCCCAGAUCCCCAGGACUGCAGCCGAGCCCCGGGCUUCCUUUCUUACCAUUCUGUAUGCUUCCAAGGUGUGACCAUUCAAAUUAACAGUAUUAUUAAGAUUAUUAAUAAAGAUUUCUUUCUUCAAA